AUGUCCAAGGAAUCUAAGCAGGACAAGACCGUCUUCGGCAUGCCCGGAUUCGUUGUCGACUUUCUGAUGGGUGGUGUUUCCGCCGCUGUCUCCAAGACCGCUGCCGCCCCCAUUGAGCGUGUCAAGCUCCUCAUCCAGAACCAGGAUGAGAUGCUUCGCGCCGGUCGUCUGGACCGCAAGUACGGUGGUAUCGCCGACUGCUUCCGUCGUACCGCUGCUGCCGAGGGUGUCAUGUCCCUCUGGCGUGGUAACACUGCCAACGUUAUCCGUUACUUCCCUACCCAGGCCCUGAACUUCGCCUUCCGUGACACCUACAAGUCGAUGUUCGCCUUCAAGAAGGACCGUGACGGAUACGCCUGGUGGAUGGUCGGUAACUUGGCCUCUGGUGGUGCUGCUGGUGCCACUUCCCUGCUCUUCGUCUACUCCCUUGACUACGCCCGUACUCGUCUGGCCAACGACGCCAAGUCGGCCAAGGGUGGCGGUGACCGUCAGUUCAACGGUCUCGUUGACGUCUACAAGAAGACCCUCGCUGCCGACGGUCUUGCCGGUCUGUACCGUGGUUUCUCCGUCUCCGUCGCUGGUAUCAUCGUCUACCGUGGUCUGUACUUCGGUAUGUACGACUCGCUGAAGCCCGUCGUCCUUGUUGGUCCUCUUGAGGGUAACUUCCUUGCUUCCUUCCUGCUCGGUUGGUCUGUCACUACUGGUGCUGGUAUUGCUUCUUACCCUCUCGACACCAUCCGUCGUCGUAUGAUGAUGACCUCUGGUGAGGCCGUCAAGUACAAGUCGUCCUUCGAUGCCGCCAAGCAGAUCGCCGCCAAGGAGGGUGUCAAGUCCUUCUUCAAGGGUGCCGGUGCUAACAUCCUCCGUGGUGUUGCCGGUGCUGGUGUGCUCUCCAUCUACGACCAAGUCCAGCUUAUCCUCUUCGGAAAGCAGUUCAAGUAA